AUGGAAGAAGAGAACGUGGUGAUACCAAUGGAUUACUUAGCGUCAAUAAUCACAAAAUUGCUUUCAUUCACAAAAGGACAGGAAGGUCCGCUGUUGACUGCAUCAGAGAUAGUAGACGUUGUGACUGGUGCGACACAAGUAUUUGAAAAAGAGCCGAGUUUAAUUGAACUUGACGCGCCUGUGAAUAUAGUUGGCGACGUCCACGGGUCAUAUUUUGACAUGGUAAAGUUAUUAACGAAAACGACUUUGCCGUCUGCUCCUUUCUUGUUUUUGGGGGAUUAUAUCGAUCGAGGCGAUUUUGGAAUCGAAGUCAUCUGUUUGCUCUACGCGCUCAAAAUUCGAUCACCAAAGCAAAUCUUUCUUUUGAGAGGAAACCACGAAAGUUACGACGUCUCAUCGAACACUAAAAACUCGUUUUUGCGCCAAUGUGCACUGUACUAUGACAAAUCGAUAGUAUUAACUAUAUUCAAAAGCUUCCAGUACCUCCCAUUCUGUUGUUUGGUGUCGAAGACGAUGCUAUGUCUCCACGGAGGAAUAUCCCCCGAAUUGUCGAGUCUCCAACAACUCAGAGACAUCAAACGGCCUGUUGAAAUACCAACGAGUGGAUUGUUGUGUGACUUGGUAUGGUCAGACCCUCUCCUUACCCCUGAUAUAGCUCCAAAUUUACCAAACACAUCGAAUAGUAAAGGAUUUGUACGCAAUGAAGUGAGGGGUGUGUCGUACUUCUUUGAUGAUAAUGUGUUGGAUGUGUUUUUGAAAGCAAAUGGGUUAAAAGUGUUGUGUCGAGGCCAUCAGUGUGUCGACGGAUUUAAAUUUUCCCCAGAAAAGAAAUGUCUAACUGUCUUUAGUUGUAGUGGAGGAAUGAAAAAUCGGGCAGGACUCCUUGUUGUCCCUCAAAAUCUGAAAUGUCAAUUUAUUUACCUUUGA